GGUACGGUACCGUUCCGCUCCGUUCGCUGUUUCGCACAAACCUUAAUUUCGCUGCAUUUCUGUGAUAAUCGUGUGCUCAAAUCCUGUUCAGGAUUAAAUACACAUAAUACUCUGUGUUCGUUCAAACGCUGCCAUAGCUGUUUCACCGUGCACUCACGCAAUAGUCUUACCUUAUUCAAUACUUAUAGAGAGAUAUACACAUAAAACUAGACAAAAUGCUGCGUAAUAGCUGCCAGGCACUGCGCAACAGUUUUGCAAGGAAUGCCUGGAGGGCGGCCAGUUCCCAUGGACCCAGACAGCCAUUGCCGUCAAUUGAGAAGCGCUUGGAGAAGGCCCAUCCGCAGUUUACGGAACGUAGCCAGCUGAAAUAUGCUCGUCGCCUGGUCGUCAAGUUGGGCAGUGCGGUGAUCACGCGUGAGGACAAUCAUGGAUUGGCACUUGGUCGUCUGGCGUCCAUUGUGGAGCAGGUUGCCGAGUGCCAUUUGGAGGGUCGUGAAGUCAUAAUGGUCACCAGCGGCGCUGUGGCAUUUGGUAAACAGAAACUGGCCCAGGAGCUGCUGAUGUCGCUGUCGAUGCGCGAAACACUAAACCCCAAGGACACCAAAGAGUUCGAUGGCGCCACAUUGGAGCCACGCGCGGCGGCUGCGGUGGGUCAAUCGGGUCUCAUGUCACUCUACGAUGCGAUGUUUGCACAAUAUGGUGUUAAGAUUGCACAGGUGCUGGUGACCAAGCCGGAUUUCUACAAUGAGGAAACACGCAACAAUCUCUUCUCCACGCUCUCCGAAUUAAUUAGCCUAAAUAUUGUGCCCAUCAUCAACACGAACGACGCCGUCUCCCCGCCGAUGUUUAUACGUGACGACGAGCCCGCCGGUGGUGCCAGAAAGGGCAUUCCUAUUAAGGACAACGACAGCUUGUCGGCCAUGCUGGCCGCCGAGGUGCAGGCGGAUCUGCUUAUCCUUAUGUCCGAUGUCGAUGGCAUUUAUAAUAAGCCGCCCUGGGAGGAUGGCGCCAAAUUGAUGCACACCUACACCAGCGAUGAUAUCAAUAGCAUCGAGUUUGGCAAGAAGUCAAAGGUGGGCACCGGCGGUAUGGACUCCAAGGUGAAGGCAGCUACCUGGGCCCUGGAUCGCGGCGUCAGCGUUGUUAUAUGCAACGGCAUGCAGGAGAAGGCUAUUAAGACAAUUAUAGGUGGCAGAAAAGUUGGCACAUUCUUUACGGAAUCAACGGAGGGCAGCAAUACAGUGCCCGUCGAGGUGAUGGCCGAGAAUGCUCGCAUAGGCAGUCGUCAAAUGCAGGCGCUGAGCGCCGCGGAACGCGCUUUGGCUGUCAGCAAUUUGGCGGAUCUGUUGGUUAGCCGCGAGAAAUUCAUUUUGGAGGCGAAUGCCAAGGACUUGGCCGAGGCGCAGAAAAGUGGACUGGCUAAGCCGUUGUUGUCGCGCUUGUCGCUCAACUCGGCCAAACUGAAGAACCUCUCGAUUGGCCUGAAGCAGAUUGCCGAUGACAGUCACAAGAAUGUGGGCCGCGUACUGCGUCGCACACGCCUGGCAGAGGGACUCGAGCUGAAGCAGGUAACCGUGCCCAUUGGCGUGCUGCUGGUCAUCUUUGAAUCCCGUCCGGACUCGCUGCCGCAAGUGGCCGCCCUGGCCAUGGCCUCCGCGAACGGACUGCUGCUCAAGGGCGGCAAGGAGGCAGCGCACAGCAAUAAGGCACUCAUGGAGCUGGUCAAGGAGGCGCUGAGCAGCGUGGGUGCCGAUCACGCCGUAUCCCUGGUUUCAACUCGCGAGGAGAUCAGCGACUUGCUGUCCAUGGAGAAGCACAUUGAUUUGAUCAUACCGCGCGGCUCCUCGGAACUGGUGCGCAGCAUUCAGGAACAAUCCCUACAUAUUCCAGUCUUGGGUCACGCCGAAGGUGUCUGCCAUGUGUUUGUCGACAAAGAUGCCGAUUUGGGCAAGGCAUUGCACAUUGCUCGCGAUGCCAAAUGCGAUUAUCCAGCAGCCUGCAAUGCAAUGGAAACACUACUCAUACACGAGGAUCUAAUGAGCGGCGAGAUUUUCAACGAUGUCUGCAACAUGCUGAAACGUGAGGGGGUCAAAAUCUAUGCGGGACCGCGUCUAAAUCAGCAGCUGACGUUUGGACCGCCCGCGGCGAAGAGCCUGAGGCACGAGUAUGGUGCACUGGAGUGCUGCAUUGAGGUUGUGCCCAGCCUGGAGGAGGCCAUUAAUCACAUACAUACGUACGGAAGCGGUCACACGGAUGUCAUUGUUACGGAAAAUGAUGCCGCAGCCAAGCAUUUCCUUAGCAGCGUGGACAGCGCCUGUGUGUUCCACAAUGCGAGCUCGCGUUUUGCGGACGGUUUCCGGUUCGGCCUUGGCGCCGAGGUGGGCAUCUCAACGGCACGGAUCCAUGCACGCGGUCCCGUCGGUGUCGAGGGUCUCUUGACCACCAAAUGGAUACUCAACGGCCAGGAUCAUGCGGCGGCUGACUUUGUUGAGGGCGGCAAACGCACUUGGCUGCACGAAACGCUGCCCAUUGAUUAGUUUUAUAGGCUGUUAUGUUAUUUUGUUUUACCUUAUAAUGACAAACUCUGUAAAUACGCGCAUUUAAACGAU